GGAAAAAGCAAUCCCGUAUUUGUCAGGGGCACGUGUUUAAUAGAGGAGCAGUAAUUUGCGUUUGGUGCUCAUCAACUCGCGAAGUUCUGCCUCAUCGAACCACGAUUGGGUUGCAAAUUUUUCGUUGGUGAUAAGAAACUAGGCACAGGGUUUCCUUUGCGGAGAGUCUUUUUGGACGUGAUUGAUAAGUUGACAUAAAAUCAUAUAUAUCAUAUAUUGAUUAGCCGUUAUAUCAAUUCUGCUCAUGUAGAAGUAGAAGCACACAUAAUGAGUGGUGAUCAAAGUAGCGGUAGUUCCGCUGAAGCUGCAGACGCACCGCGAGUGCAGAUUAAGCAUGGCGGGAAGAUCAUUUUCGAUUUCGCUUGGAAUGGCGCGCUAACCUUGGGUGAACUUCGCGCGUUCUGUGCGAAAGAGUGCGACAUUGACGAGGAGAGGCUUACCCUGCUGUAUAAGGGGAAGAAGUUGCAGGGGGUUGCCUUCCCGCCAGACAGCAGGUUAGAUAGUGUGGUGCGGCCUGGGAAAAAUGUUCUUAUACAAGCCAUGGGCACCAGUGCGAAAGCUGACACGACGACUCUGCUGAGUAGAAACCGACAAGUGUUGAAGCGAGUCGCAAAAACGGUUCUAGGCUUUGCCGAGCGAUUUGCGGCAAGUGGGGCGCCGUCCAAGGUCGAGCCAGUCGCUGCGCAGGCUAUCCGCGUGCGGGAGGCUUACGAGCAAAGCAGUGGCGGCACAGGAGCAGGCACUGGCAGAACAGGAGUGUCAGCAGAUCCUGCUAACAUGCCCGAUUUAGUCCGAUAUAUUGGCGAUGCGGUGCCUUCAGCAGCUACAGGAUCUUCUAACCCUGAGGAGGCAGUAGGACUAAAAAAAGAUUCACCGCUUACGGCUGACAUGGAUCCCUCUUCAAUUCUGGACAUGCUGUCACUGACAAAAUUGUCGACGGAACUCGACUCUCUUGAUGACCUAGGCGAUGCUGAGCGCAGUCUGCGAAGACAACUUCUCAUGCUUCUUGAAAUUCUAGAAACCUGUGUGCAGAAAUAGGGAUUCCCUUUUUACACGAAGAGUUAGUAUGUUUGAGGUGGUAUUCUUAAUAUAGCGACACCAUAACCGGAGCGUUCCUUACCGUGCGAAAAAAUGACGACGAUGGGGGUAUUGAUGUAUAUUAGUGAGCGUCUGCGUCGCCAUGCUCUAUUCAUGUGAAUCCACGCUAAAAUAAGAACGAGUCGGCUGUCG